AACAAACAGCGGACGUUCAACGCGGCCGUCAAAGACAUCGACUUCUGGUUAGGAGAAGUGGAAGGACUGCUCAAGAGUGAGGACUCCGGCAAAGACUUGGCGUCCGUUCAGAAUCUGAUUAAAAAGCAUCAGUUGGUUGAGGCGGACAUCCAGGCCCACGAGGACCGCAUACGCGACAUGAAUGGGUUGGCCGACAGUCUCAUAGAGUCGGGUCAGUUCGAUACGGCCACCAUUCAGGAGAAGCGCUCGUCUAUUAACGAACGGUACGAGCGGGUGAAGACGCUGGCGACCUACCGGCGCACUCGACUGAACGAAGCGAAUACUCUGCACCAGUUCUUCAGAGACAUCGCGGACGAGGAGUCGUGGAUCAAAGAGAAGAAGCUGUUGGUCAACAGCGACGACUACGGA